AUGUCAGACCUUGAUAUCACCUACUACUCGCCCAAGGAGCUGCUCGAGUCGCCGAAGCUGCUGGGAUACAUGGAUUUCAUCAACUCGUGCUACCUGCCUCUGCAUUUGCACUUUCAUACCUUUACCACUGCUCGGUUCUCUGAUCUCGAAGAUUUCAAAACCUAUGUGCGGGACGGGAACGUCACCCUGGCCAUUGCCCGUGAUAUUUCGACUCAGGACAUUGUUGCUGCCGGAGGAUACAAGCGAAUGAGCGACACCGAGGCUGAAUUGACUUGCAUGUCCACAGACCCCAGACUCGGAGGAAGAGGCAUUGGAACGCACAUGGAUAAGGAUCUGGAGAAACACGCACGCAAGAACGGAUUCAAAAAGAUGCACGCCAUGGUCAUUCGAGAACAUGGACGGGUAGUUGAGUUCUACGAACGGCUCGGAUACGUCAAGAAGAGUGAGGAGCUCAUCAAGCCCGGUGGAACUUUUCCGAACGUGGUGGAGGUGAAUGUGUGGUACAUGGAUAAGGAUCUCUGA